UCACCUAUAGCCGAGCGCCGGGGCAGGGCGCCGGCCUUGCUUGGUGCGCCGGCGAGAUGGACCUGCGGAUCCUGGAGCACCGCGUGCGGGUGCUGAGCCUGGCCCGCGGCGGCCUCUGGCUCUACACGCACCCGCUGCUCAAGAUGCUGCUCCUGCCCCAGCGUAGCAGGUGCAAAUUCUUCAGCUUGACCGAGACUCCUGAAGACUAUACAAUCAUGUUGGAUGAAGAAGGUUUUAAAGAGUUGCCGCCGUCGGAGUUCCUGCAAGUGGUAGAUUCCACCUGGCUGGUGCUCAACGUCUCGUCCAACGGCAGCUCCUCCGCCAACCUCCAGCCCAUCGGAGUCACCAAAAUCGCCAAGUCUGUCAUUGGCCCACUGGCAGAACACAACGUCUCGGUGCUCAUGCUCUCCACCUACCAAACCGACUUUAUCCUGGUGCGGGAGAAGGACCUGCCAGUGGUCAUUCACACCUUGGCGAGUGAGUUUGAUAUUUACAAGGAGGUGAAUGGAGAGCCAGUCCCUGCAAACUGUGAAGAUGUGAGCAACGGAUUCCUCAAGCCAAAACAAGCGGUGAAUGCCACCGUCCACCCAGUGCAGAGCCCCCAGAACCGGUUCUGUAUCCUGAGCGUCGCUCCCGACACCUUGCCGGCCAUUGCUACGAUCCUCAUUGAUGUCUUGUUUUACUCUCACAGCCCUCCAAAGGAAACCACUCCAGGCAGCCAGGAUCUUGACUCCAUUACGUUCUUUGCCUUCUCGCUGAUUGAGGGCUACAUCUCCAUUGUCAUGGAUGCCGAGACCAAGAAGAAGUUCCCCAGUGACCUCUUGCUGACCAGUUCCUCGGGAGAGCUCUGGAGGAUGGUGAGGAUCGGGGGGCAGCCCCUAGGCUUUGAUGAAUGUGGGAUUGUGGCUCAAAUCGCCGAACCUCUGGCCAACGCAGAUAUUUCUGCUUACUACAUCAGCACCUUCAAUUUUGACCAUGCCUUGGUCCCAGAAGAAGGCAUCGAUAACGUCACUGAAGUCCUCCAGAAACGUCAAGAGAGCGGGAGAUAGCCACCUGGGCUGGCACGUCUCCGGUGCCGACUCAAGGAGGCCAGCGAAUGGAUCUUGUCCCAUCAGCGCCAGAUGCGGCCGUUCCUGGAACAUCAGCGCCAGAUGCGGCCGUUCCUACUCUUUUCUCCCAGGAGAGCAGCUCUUGCUAAACUCCGGAACCUGGUGAACGGGAGGCCACGGCGUGUGGCAGAUUUCAGUAUUAUCAAAUCCUGCUCUGGCUUUAUUAGCCCCGUUCUCUGGUUCUCCAAUCCUGUUGCCUCUAGAGCCAUGGAGAAGGAUUCCUGGUCAAGAUGGAUUCCAAGACGCAAAUUCUCUUUCCACCCCCCUUUUAUAUUUUUGCACAUUUCCUGAACUUUCCCAACUGGAAACUAAGCCUGGAAUUAUUUUGUGUUUUUUUUUAAGGGUGUCUGUUUGGGGGCGGUAGCUAAUUUGUUAGAUUUGCACACAGUUCCCUAUAUUCUAGGGUAGAUUUUGUUUCUUCUUCUUGUUAAAAUGCACAACGCUAAGAAUAGGAAACACUGGAGGCGUUUGUCGGGGAGGCGGCUGCAUAAGCGAACGGGAGGCGAUUGGUUUGACUUCUGCCUCCAUCGGCAGGGUCCACUUUUGCAGGGGACGCGCCCCACGGCGGCUCUUUGGUGCUCUGGAUUCAGGCCCUCUGCUCCUGGAGUGGGCCAUCCAUUAACAGUAUUAAGAGGAUGCAUGAACAGACCGGGAAACGUCAAAUGUUUUUUUUGGGGGGGGUAAAGGGACCUAAACUGGGGACCCUUUGCUCUUUUGUGGCCUUAACGCCUUCAAGUGCCUUCUUGUGGUUUAAAAAUAAGCUUUUGAAUAACGCCAAGUGAGAAAUACAGUCUUAUUCACACACACAAAAA